CUUCUCAUUCAGACAAUACAACACAAACCACUAUCGAGCCGUGCAGCCAGUCUCAAGACUCCAUAUCUAUUGCCACUUCUGCCACGUCCUGCUUAUUGUCUUCGAGUCCUUGAUCGCGCCCCAACACGCCAUGGAUCUGUCCGCCCCCGCGGUUGCCGAAGUAGAGCUCAGCGAAGCAGCGGAGGUUGUGGAGAAGAAAGCUCAAAUCCUCGCUGACCAUAUCCGGAAAAGCAAACACUUCAUCGCAUUCACUGGAGCCGGAGUGUCCACAUCUGCUUGUAUACCAGACUUUCGCGGUUCUGAGGGCCAAUGGACUCUGCGAGCACAAGGAAGACAACGAUCAGCGAAAGACAAAGCUGUUAGUACAUUGCAAGCUGUGCCAACGCAAACACACAUGGCGCUAGUGGAAUUGCAGAAUAGGGGUAUUUUAAAGUAUCUUGUCAGUCAGAAUUGCGAUGGGUUACACCGGAGGAGUGGAAUUUUGCCAGACAACAUAUCCGAGCUCCACGGCAACAGUAACCGUGAAUCCUCCAGGUCCUGUGGAAAAGAAUACAUUCGAGACUUCCGUGCCGCCGCACCGCCGGACCAGACGUCGCUGCUUGGCCAUCGCACCGGUCGGAAAUGUGCAAUCUGCAGCGGAGUUUUGCUAGACAGCAUCAUCAACUUCGGCGAAAACCUCCCCAUUGUCGCGUUACAACGCGCCUUCGAAGAAGCUCAGAAAGCAGAUCUCUGCCUUGUGCUUGGCUCAUCGCUCACGGUCAGCCCAGCCAAUGAGGUACCUGAAGUUGCUGUUACGGGAAAGAGAAAUGGGGAAGGUAAGGUUAAGGGAAAGUCGGGGAAGCGAAGAGGAAAGCUGGCAAUUUGUAAUUUGCAGAGUACAGAAUUGGAUGGGAUUGCGGAUAGAGCGAUAAGGGUGAGGGCAAAGACGGAUGAUUUCAUGGUUAAGGUGAUGGAGAAACUUGGUAUCGACAUCCCGGAGUUUGUCUUGAGGAGGAGGAUGGUUGUAGAGCUGAAAUGUGGGGAGAGCAGACAAGAGUUGAAGGUUCGUGGUGUCGACAUAGAUGAUACACCUGCUUCGUUUCUGCAGAGUGUAAGGUUGGAACACAACAGGCGGGUACUGCGAACUGAGCCAUUCGUUAUCACUUUUCGAGGAGAGAUGGAGAAGGCUGAGUUGAAGUUGGAACUAGAGUUUAUGGGGCAUUAUGGAGAGCCGAGUUUGAUUCUAGACGUGGCUGGUGAUUUCGUAGGGAAUGAGAGUGGCCAAAUGGUGUAUUUGCUCGAAUAUAAUCCAAGGAUAGGGGAGUGGAAUGUAGAGAGUAAGAGUGGGCUAGUCAUUAGCAAUGGAAGAGUAGAGAGGAAAGAAGGCCCAGAAGUUAUUAUAAUUGAGGAUGAUAGGGUGAUGGAAUUGUAAGGAUGUCUCAGGAUAAUUGCUAAAGAGUUACUGAAGGGUUUUAAAAUAGCGAUCUCUGAAGUCAGCAUCUCGUUGUUCGACGACGUAGGACCUUGAUGUUCCCUAGCAGCUGUCUUAGAGAUUCCGAUAGAGGGCCUAGAUUAGGUUGUUCCUAGGAAUGGUAGUAUAGAAGCUCGAAGUCCAACAAGCUAACGGUAUGAAUGGC